AUGGCACCCGCUGCGGCAGCAAAUGAGUCGCCACCAUCGCCCAAGGCCACCUUCGAAGGCCGCCUCAAGCUGCAAGACUUCAUCUUCAAAGGUGCCUCGACAGAGGCUAGCUCAGGUGCCGCCAUGCUUCGGCGAAGUCCCCGGAUCUCCACGCCGAAGUCUACAAUUCUAGGCUCGCCAACGCCGUCGCCCACACCCCAACGCACCGCUAGCAUCACAGGUUCUGCGCGGAAGCGCAAAGCUGCCACAGCACCUCCAUCAGUCUCGGCAACACCCAGCUCGCCGUCCUCGCUCAACAAGCUCUCCUCCCCCUCGCCGAGCAAGAAGCGCAAACGGCCCAAGGCCUCGGGGUACGCCCCGCCCUCGACAUACGCGCACCUGCCGCUGCUCCCCGACGCCAUCGCGCCGAACCUGCUGGUGCUCUUCGUGGGGCUCAACCCGGGCAUCCAGACGGCGGUGCAGGGCCACGCGUACGCGCACCCCUCGAACCUGUUCUGGAAGCUCAUGUUCUCGUCCGGCGUGCUGCCCGAGCCCGUGCACUACUCGGAGGACCGCACGCUGCCCGCGCGCUUCCGCCUCGGCCUCACUAACAUCGUGGCGCGGCCGAGCCGCAACGGCGCCGAGCUGAGCAAGGCCGAGAUGGACGAGGGCGUCGCCGUGCUCGAGGCGAAGGCGCGCCGCUGGCGGCCCGAGGCCGUGUGCAUUGUGGGCAAGAGCAUCUGGGAGAGCGUGUGGCGCGUCCGCCAUGGGAGGGCGGUCGGCAAGCAUGAGUUCCGGUAUGGCUGGCAGGACGCGGGGGAGAACAUGGGCCGCCUCGGCGCGGCGGGCGUGAGCGAGGAGGAGAAGGAAGAUGGUGUCGAGUAUGCGCCGGAUUGGAAGGGCGCGAGGGUGUUUGUGGCGUCUAGCACGAGCGGGCUGGCGGCGACGCUGUCGCCCGCUGAGAAGGAGAAGAUAUGGAGGGAGUUGGGCUCUUGGGUUGAGGAGAGGAGAGCGGAGUUGCAGAAGACCAGCUCAGCUGAUGCAUAG